UCCCACGUUUCUCUCUCUCUCUCGCAUCACUCACUUUCUCCCUUCUUCUUCUUUAUCUCUUUUGUCUUUCAAAAAUCUCACAAGCUUGCUCGCUUUUAGUCUUCACUGCUUUUCUCUCUUUGGUCUUUGCGCUCAGUAUUCACAUCCUCUUCUAUAUCAUGGAAGUUGUAGAAGCAGGGGUUCAUUGUUUUUGUUUGUCGACAAAUUCAUCUCCAUUUUAGUGUUUUUUUUUUUUUGGUUUUUUCAUAGUUUCUAGCUUUGAUGGCUCUUUCCCGUUUCUGGGUUUCUGUAAGAACCUCGUAUUCUUGAAAGAAAACUGAGAGGCAGAGAGUAUAGGCAAUUGCGGACAAGAUGGGAUCAUUUGGGUCUUUUCAGCUUCUUUGUGUUUUUUCGGGACUUCUUUUCGCGUCUUCUAGUUCGUUGGCUUAUAAUGAAGUUUCGGCUCUUACGGCAUUCAAACAAGCUAUAUAUGAGGACCCUUCCCGGGUUUUGUCAAGUUGGAACUCCCUCGAUCCAGAUCCUUGCAACUGGUCAGGCAUUACCUGUUCAAAGGAUCGAGUUCAUGUUAUAAAGCUAAACCUUUCUAAUUCAUCUUUAAGGGGAUUUCUUUCACCGGACUUGGGCUAUCUGUCUUCCUUGGAAGAACUGAUUCUUCAGAAAAAUAAUCUCCUUGGGACAAUACCGAAGGAAAUUGGAAUGUUGAAAAACCUCAAGAUCUUGUAUUUGGGAAUGAACCAACUAUCAGGGGCAAUUCCUCCGGAGAUUGGAAAGUUGACCAUCCUCACAAAAAUAAACCUUCAGUCUAAUGGGUUGACCGGGAGUUUGCCUCCUGAGUUUGGAAACUUGAGGAAUCUCGUGGAAGUGCGGUUGGAUAGGAAUAAACUUAAAGGAACUGUCCCUGGAAGUAGUGACUCAAACGUUACGUCUAAGAUGCAUGAGUUAUCUUUAUCUCAGUCCACUGGCUUUUGCUGUUUAUAUCGGCUAAACAAUGCAGAUUUCUCAUACAACUUCUUUGUUGGGAGAAUACCACGGUGCCUGGAUCAUCUUCCAAGAACAAGCUUUCAGGGGAACUGCUUCCAAGAAAAAAAUGUUAAACAGCGUUCUGCUUCACAAUGUGAAACCAACUCAAAACACCGGCAUCCUGAACCUAUUCAUCAUAGACCUGCCUGGCUGCUAGCUCUAGAAAUUGUAACAGGAACCCUUUCGGGUAUCUUCUUUCUCUUUGCUAUUGUUACCGCUGUUAAAAGAUGCAAAGGGAAAUCCCCUGUCAUAAUCCCUUGGAAGAAAACAUCAAAUGGGAAGGAUAGCAUGGCAAUAUACAUAGAUUCAGAGAUGCUGAAGGAUGUGUUGAGAUUUAGCAGACAGGAGCUCGAAGUAGCCUGUGAGGAUUUUAGCAAUAUCAUUGGAUCCUCCCCAGACAGCUUAGUCUAUAAAGGCACCACGAAAGGUGGUCCAGAGAUUGCUGUGAUAUCACUUGGCAUCAAGGAAGAAAACUGGACAGGGUAUCUUGAGCUUUAUUUUCAGAGAGAGGUGGCAGAUUUAGCAAGACUAGAUCAUGAGAAUACUGGAAAAUUACUGGGAUAUUGCAGGGAGAACAACCCAUUUUCAAGGAUGCUAGUCUUUGAAUAUGCAUCAAAUGGGACACUCUAUGAGCAUCUCCAUUAUGGUGAAGAAUCUCAGUUGUCUUGGACUCGACGCAUGAAAAUUAUUAUAGGCAUUGCUCGUGGCCUAAGAUAUCUGCACACAGAACUUGAGCCUCCAUUUUCAAUAUCUGAGCUAAAUUCCAGUUCUAUCUAUCUUACAGAAGAUUUCUCUCCAAAGCUGGUUGAUUUUGAAAGCUGGAAGGCAGUACUUGAAAGAUCAGAAAAGAACUCAGGUUCCUUGAGCAAUGUAGGUUCUUUAUGUAGUCUUCCAGAUUCUCUAGAUAAACGACAUCUCGAUGUCCAAGGCAACAUAUUUGCUUUUGGAGUACUCUUACUAGAAAUAAUCAGUGGGAGACCUCCAUACUGCAAAGACAGAGGGUGCUUGGUAGAUUGGGCUAAGGAGUAUCUAGAGCUGCCAGAAGUAAUAUCCUACCUUGUGGAUCCUGAAUUGAGACAUUUUAGAUACGAUGAUCUAAAAGCUGUAUGUGAGGUUGCUAGCCUCUGUAUUCAGUCAGAUCCCAACAAAAGGCCAUCCAUGGAGGAGUUGUGCCCUAUACUGGAGAACAGGAUUGAUGUAUCAGUAUCUGCCAAUCUGAAGGAAUCUCCUUUGGCAUGGGCUGAGCUUGUGAUAUCCUCAUAAUUGCAUCGAGGCUAACAUACUGUAAAUCUGGAAUAUACUUGUAAUACUGUUUUCUUUACCCAUUUUAAUUUUUCCUCUUUUCUUUUCUUUUGUCUAGGUUUUAAUUUUUGUUCUCUACUCCAUGGAAAUGUUUGCAUGAUGAAGAAAAUUUAGAGCUUCAUUCAUGGCAAAAGCAAUUAUCUUUGUAUUAUAUCGACUGAUCAGAAAAGUUUUGAAAUUACCAAAGGAAGGAUUUGUUAUGUUAA